AUGCCUGCGCUGAUCCUUUUUGGACGCUCUUGGCUUGUCGCUUCAGACGAUCUCCCUAUCCCGAUGCUAUGUUUGAUGGUCGUGCACACAGUUUGGUGCGAGUUUUCGAAUCAUAUACUCGCGCUUCGCGCAGUACGAGAUACAAUGGCCACUUAUCCUUCUUGCGCAGGUGCACUGUCGUUCUGCUUGUCUACGAAAGUGAGAGCGCACCAGGGGCUUGAAAGUCGUUGUGACGCCGGAAAGACAGCGUUGGCGUGGCUAUUUGGAACGUUCUUCUGUUUUCUAUUCAGCACUUGUCUGGAAGGGCUCAUUCUUCGGCACUCACUCAAGGGCUGUAUUCUUCAGCCAGGAGCGAGGCAACAUGUCAAUGGCCUUUUAUACUUACACUUCGUAGUUACUAUUGCCGACUUAGCUUUUACCAUUCUCGGUACGUUUCUGGAUUAUCAUGUUGGAAACUCUUGCUAUGUUCGAAAUCAUGUGCACGCGGCUAUUGUUGUCGUGAUAGUCGGGAACUAUUUCAUCAUAGCUUGCAACUUUUUGGGCAUCGCUUUGAUUUUCAGCGUGUAUCCAGACCUCUCGUCUGAAGAAAAGUGGAACAGAAUGUUCACCAUGCUAGGUUGUUUCCUAUGCCUGCCGCAGGGAAACGGACACGAUCGUGACAGUCAGGGAUCGCUUUCGCACAUUGCCAAUUGCUUUGGCGAGGUGUUCCAAGGCGCUGAUCUUGUCCCUAGUGACAUAGCAGCAGGUCUCGCUUUGCUUGCUCUUCAGCACCGCAGAAUGCUCGAAAAUGAAAUGUUGGGAAGGAGGGCGUCUUGCAGCGCUUUGCCAAAAGGUACCCUUUUCGAUGUAGCCUCGAAACCUUGGGCAAACAAACCCCUUCGCGCAUCUGCCGUGAAUGAUGAUGAGAUUACACCAUGCUCGGGAAACAUUGACACACCUGAAGAAUUGUACAUCACUGAUGAAUCUUUAGCCAAUGUGCUCAGUGAAGCUGCACAUUAUGCGCGCUGGGCGUUGGCGGCGUAUGGAUGGUUGCUGUAUACUUGGGCAAAUCCCAGUGGUGGUCUUGCGUUGGUUUGCUCUGCGCAGGACGCACAAAACUGUUGCUACCACAGAACAAAAGGGGAUGAUCUUGAUCGCUCGGCGCUAAAAGUAUGUGCUGGAAUUAGCGAUGAUGACUUAUUUCAUAAACAAAUGUUGCACCUUACAAACUGGGUUGGCGAACAACCAUACUUCAUUGCAAGGGAUUCAGCGCGACACGCUAUCGUCGUCUCAAUUAGAGGCACAAUGUCUGUUCAGGAUUGUAUAACCGAUUGCAUGUAUAAACCUGUGUUAUUAAAUGCCGAUGUAAUCGGCCUGCCUCAUCUCUCUGGAUGUCAGCUUCAUUGUCACGCGGGUGUAGUCACUGCGACGAGCUUUAUCCUUUCUGACCUUGAAAAACAUGGCAUUCUUCAUCGCCUGCUACUCGGAAAUACAUGUUCACUCGGGUCCAAACAAAAGCGCAAACAUUGGCAUCGAGAUGAUGUGUUUGGAUCCAACCGAUUUGGCGGGCAUCAAGGGUGGACACUUGUACUGUGUGGCCACUCUCUGGGGGCGGGAGUGGCAACUGUACUUUCACUCCAUUUACGCCAGACAUUUCCUUCUGUUCGGGUCUGGGCUAUCGAACCCCCAGGCGGGCUCUUAUCCGCUGAACUCGCUGCUGCUUGCCGAGAAUGGACAAUCAGCAGCAUUCAUGGGUCUGAUUUGAUCACGCGACUGUCAGGGCCUUGCUUGCUAAAAUUGAGACAUGACCUGGUGGACUCACUGGUCAGGUGUAAAGUGAACAAGUUCACACUUUUAGCGCGCCUCUCCUGUAGUCCUGAUAUUGUUGAACCUGAUGAUUUUAUUAUGCAGCCAGGAGAUCGUGAAAACGAAGCCAAUACAUUUCGUCAGGAAUUCGAAAGAUUUCAUAUCCAACAGAUUAAAGACCGGCCGCUCAUGGUAGCACCGCUUUAUCCACCUGGACGCCUAUUGCAUCUCUGCCGUAUUCCCAAAAACAGUGGGAGUCAGCCUGUACUUGGAUACGAAUACGAGGUUCGAUGGAUCUCUGCGAAGGAUUUGAUGGCCCAGGGCUUACUUGUCAGCAGAAACUUCUUUACCGACCACUUUCCAGACAAAGUAGUCGCAGUCUUGUCCGAGCUAUCUAUGAAAUUCCGCACUAAAGACCCGACGCUCGACAAAAUCAAUCGAUUGGGGACUUUUAUUCAAACCGAGGGAAACCAUGCUGCCCCGCCUACAUAGAACAUUCUCUGCAAACAGAAAGACGUUUUUGUCUCAGAUGACGAGGGAAUCACGUGCACAAACACAAUGUCGUCAACGUGUGGAAGCUUAGGCAAACAAAAGACCCGUACAACUGCGAAAUCGUCUACAUUUAUUGAGCAAAAACUAGUAGUGUCGCCUUAUGUCGACGUAUUCACUUCAGCAAUGUCACAUUUUCUAUAUCUAUUGCACAUCAAGUAUUGUUUUUCUACGGUUCACCAAAAAAAAACUUAAAGGUCCUCAAGAUCGCAGCGCUAUUAAUAUGCAGCUCCUUCAUAUAGAAUG